UAUGAUAGAAGAUAUCAAGAUUUGCAAAUAACUAUAAGUUAAAGAAAUUGUUACAGGUAUCUUAACAACUGAUUCAGAAAUUGAUAUAGAAAGAAUGAAAAUAUUAAUUGAAAUUGCUUCUCCUAUUCAAGUAGUAUUUCAUAUGGCUAUUGAUGAUUGUCAUAAUUAUCAUUAAAGUUUAUAGCAACUCAUAAAUUUAGGGAUUAAAAGAGUUCUUACUAAAGGAGGAAAGUAUAAAUCAGCUUUGGAUGGAAAAGAUUCAAUUAAACAGAUAGUUGAACUCUUUCCAUAAUUGACUAUUUUAGCUGGUAGUGGAAUUACCAAAGAUAAUUAUAUUAGUUUAGUUUAGUAUUGUAAUUUAAAAGAAGUUCAUGGAACUAAAAUUGUUUGA